AUGGGCCAAUCUCCCUCGACCCCCCAACCCGGCACCAAACUCAGCGUCAUCGGCGCAGGCCUCCCCCGAACCGGCACAGCAUCCUUCAGCGCCGCCCUCGCCAUCCUCCUCAACGGCCCAGUCUACCACGGCGGCACGCAAACAACAACAGGCCCACCGGAAGAAAUCACCACAUGGAUGAAAGUCAUGCGCCUCGUCCUCAACGACAACGCCCCGGACCGACAGCAAGCCCUCGCCCUCAUAGACCGGCAAUUAGACGGCUACGCCGCCAUCACAGACGCCCCGGGUACCCAACUCGUCCCAGAACUGAUGGAAAUCUACCCCGACGCCAAGGUCAUCUGCACCGUUCGCGACCCGGUAGCGUGGGCGAAGAGCAUGGCACAACUGGAAGGUCUGGUGCGAUCGUCGUGGUUUCUGCGCGUUAUAAUGCUGCCGAUUCCUGGAAUGAGGCAUUUUAUGGAUUAUCUGGCGUUGGUUGCUCUGCAAUGGCGGAGGAUAUAUGGGAGGAAUGGGGGUCCGGGUGGUGCUUAUCAUAAGCAUAUUGAGUGGUUGAAGGAGGUGGUUCCAGAGGAGAGGCUGGUGUUUGUUGAUGUUAGGGAUGGGUGGGAGCCGUUGUGCAGGGCGCUGGGGAUGGAGGUGCCGAAGGAUAUACCAUUUCCGAGGAUUAACGAUUCCGAGGCGAUCACUCGGACUGUGAGACAACAUGUUCGUCGGGGGUUGAUUCGGUGGGUGGGUCUGUUUGCUGUGGUUGGUGGCGUGUCAUUUGGGAUGUAUUUUCUGCGGAGGUGA